AUGAGCCUUUGUGUGUUGUGCAACCGCACUUUCGGCAGCGGAAAAGCACUCAAACAACAUGAAGAGAACUCACCAAAGCAUGCGGAAACCUUUGGGUGUAAGCCAUGCAACCGCUCCUUUGGUAGCCUAGACGCACUCGGUCAGCACCAAGACAACUCUCUAGCUCACCGAAAACCCAGAAAAGACUCAGCCUUAUCUUCCGUCACGCCUGUUUCAUUGGCCCCCUAUGCCCCUUUGCAGUUUUCGACGUCCUCUAAUGUCCGCUCAACAAUACGCAACGAUCGGCGCAGUGGUCACGCCGUGACAGAAAACAUUUCCCACACAAACUCGACCUUUGACCUGCCAUUCGCAGUACUUCAAAGCCGAAUGCAAGCUCUUACUAUACCGGAUCUACAGACAUCUAUUGUAGCGGCAAAAAUCUAUCAAGCGCAUAUCAACACGCGGCAAGAGGAGACAAGGACCUUCUUCACAUUCCCCGAAUUGCACCAGAGUGUCGCCGAAGCCGUCGCGCCUUCGAUAAUCUCGACAUGGUUCAACAACGACAUAGAUGCUCAUUUCAAUAACAAGCAUACAACGUGUGUUAUGGGAAAGUUUACAUGCGACAACAACGCAUGCAGGAAGAAAAGGUGGAGCAGCAAAGUGGUAGCAACCUGGAUUCAAGGAUAUCCUCGUAAUGGGUACAACGCUAUCGUGUUCAACCAACGCUGCGAAUCUUGCAACUGCCUGGGGAGCUUCAAGCUGGAUGAGAAAUCAUACGUUGAUCGGAUUGCAUACAGACUCAAGAAAUGGGCAGGCGUGAUCGUGGAGCCACCACCAUUUCCUCUCAAGACUACACCACGGCAUGAAACAGAUCUGUGCGAAGGCUGUAAGGUGGGAAAGUGUCCAAAGACACCAAAGCUCGGGUUUUCCUAG